CCACAUAACACUUGGAAACGAGGCCAGCAAAGCUUCUCUUCUGAAAGGAAUGGUAAUUUCCAUGGCAUUUUCUUCUUCUGCUCUCACUCCCUCCUCUUCCUCAUUCCUCUCUUCCUUCCCACAUACCUCAACAAUAAGCAAAACCCAUCUUCGGUUUCCAUCAAUUAGACCCAUAAAAGCUGCUUCUGAACCUGAACAAGGAAACCCAACUGCUACCCAGACCAAGAAAGCUCAACAAUCCAAUAAUGCUCAACCUCAGUCUCAAGCCCCUGCCGCUGCCAAGCCACCUCCCAAAAAGCCUGUUUAUUCCAUGAAGAAAGGCCAGAUUGUUAGGGUGGAUAAAGAAAAGUAUCUCAACAGUGUUAAUUAUCUAUCUGUAGGACAUCCGCCCUAUUACAAAGGCUUGGACUACAUAUAUGAAGACCGUGGUGAGGUCCUGGAUCUGCGUAUUUUUGAGACUGGAGAAUAUGCACUUGUUGCAUGGGUCGGCAUCCCAACUGCACCGGCUUGGCUUCCGACAGACAUGCUUAUCAAGUCUGAGAAGCUCAACUAUGAGAGGUUGUGAAGCAGUUUUCAGAAACGGAGUCCCACGCUUAGUGAUGACCAUUGAUUCUCCAUUUCCAUGAGAUACAUGGUUCUAAUUACUCGCAUAGUGUAUAAUUUACAAAUAUAUUGUAUAAAACCAAGGAACUGAGUUUAUGGAUAUAAUAUUCUUGCGUCAUUUGUUC